GACGCGCUCUGGAGGGUUUCCUUUCUACUUCACUUGAUCUCCUAACCACCGCUUUCGAAAGAUCUAUUUAAUCAUAAUCGCAAAAUGGCAAAAAUAUUCUCCCUCGACGGCAAAGGCCUCAAACUCGAUACCGCAGAAGACAUCGAAACCCACGCAAAACCUCUCCUCGAAGACACCACAUUCACAGAAGUCCACCUCGGUGGCAACACGAUCGGUGUCGCCGCAUCUGAACGUCUUGCUGCGGCUCUCGCAACCCAAAAGAAUCUACAAGUCGCCGAUCUCGCUGACAUAUUCACUUCGCGCCUCCUGUCCGAGAUCCCCCCCGCGUUAUCGGCGUUGUUGAAUGCGCUGUUGGAGAUUCCCGGUUUGCAUACGGUGAAUUUAUCGGAUAAUGCAUUUGGACUUAAUACGCAAGCGCCCCUUGUGGAUUAUUUGUCGCGCGCGGUCCCUCUUCAGCAUUUGAUUUUGAAUAAUAAUGGCUUGGGACCUAAGGCUGGCGUGCUUGUUGCCGAUGCACUUACGGAAUUGGCGAAGCAAAAGGAAAAAGCGCGCAGUGAGGGGAAGGAUGUCCCGCUUUUGGAAUCGAUUGUCUGUGGACGUAAUCGGCUCGAGAACGGAAGUAUGGAAGCUUGGGCGACUGCUUACAAGGCGCAUGCGAAGGGUAUGCGCUCUGUGAAGAUGACACAGAAUGGUAUUCGUCAGGAAGGUAUUUCGCUGCUCUUGAAGGCUGGAUUGAGUCACGCUGCUGGGUUGGAGGUCCUGGAUUUGCAAGAUAAUACCUUCACGUUACUCGGAUCUAAUGCGUUGGCCAAGGUCGUUCAGGGAUGGGCUUCGUUACGCGAACUUGGUGUUGGCGAUUGUUUGUUGUCUGCCCGUGGCGGUAUCAAGGUUGCUCAGGCUCUUGCGGCUGGUAAAAACGAGAAAGUUGAGACAUUGCGUUUGCAAUACAACGACAUUAAUGCGGAGGGUGUUAAGCAAUUCUUGUUCGCGGCCAAGAGCUCUCUACCAGCUCUGAAACGUAUUGAGUUGAAUGGAAAUAAAUUCAUGGAGGAUGACGGCAAUAUUGAGGAGUUGCGUGUAUUGCUCGAAAAGAGACAGGAGGAGCAUGGCAAGGACGAGGAUCCUGAGGAUACCUGGGGUAUCGAUGAAUUAGACGAACUCGAGGAAGAUGAGGAAGAAGAUGAAGAUGAGCAGGAUGAGGAAGAGGAAGAGGAAGAACAUUUGGCGGAUAAGACCUUGAAGGAGACCAUACGUGCAGAGGAUGAGCCUGUCAGCCAGAAGAAGGAUGAUGACGUGGAUGCGUUGGCUGAUGCACUUGGCAAGGCUGGGAUAUAAACAGCCCAUUCUUCAUUUUUUAUCAACAAACAAUCCCGUCAUCGAGAAGCAUUCCUUCGAAGAAGCAUGGCUCAUCUCACAUAUGCCGUCUCUCGUCCUGCUUCCCCCAAUGUUCAUCGGCCAUGUGGACACGAAACCGCAAUACCUUCCGGGAGAAAUGAAAAGUCCAAAAGGCUCGAGUUGUUUUACUGCAUUUUUCUAUCGCUGUAAAUAAGCAGAUUCAUAGAUCAUGUCGAUUUGGUCUGCCUCACCCAGCCAUCGAUGAUCGCUGCAUGGCUUACCACCCUGUCUCCUAGCCCAUGAUGCUCAUUGCUUAGAGCCUUUCCUGUCUGUUCUCUUUGUAUAGCAAUUAAUCAAGAUACCAAAUUUU